AUGUCGAAGGACAAAACAAUCACGGUGGAGGACAUGGACGGAAACGUGAGCAGGAUCUCCGUAAGGAUACCAAACUUUUGGGCAGAAGAACCGGAGCUAUGGUUCGCACAAUUGGAAGGCCAGUUCGCACUCCUCAAUGUAACGGAAGACGACGCCAAAUACGCCUUCGUCCUCGCACGGAUCGAACCAAAGCAAGCCCGGGAGAUCAAAGACCUGAUCACGCAACCACCGCUAACGCACAAGUACGAGACUAUAAAAAAGGCGUUAAUACAAAGGCUAACGGAUUCCCAAGGACAACGGAUCCGGCAAUUACUCGAACACGAGGAUAUAGGCGACAGAAAGCCGUCACAAUUCUUGCGCCACCUGAGUACCUUGGCAGGCACAACUGUAUCAAAGGAAUUGCUACGAACACUAUGGCUAGCAAGGCUGCCACAAAAUAUGCAAGCAAUACUAGCCACGAGAACAGAGGACAGGCUAGAAGACGUCGCAGAACAGGCUGACAGGAUCCACGAAGUCAGCGGCAAGACGACAGUCAUGGCAACCGCAGUACCCACCGGCACGGAGAGCAGAAACCCAUGGGAAUUACAGAUCGCAGCACUGAGCAAACAGGUCGCAGAUUUGACAACAGAAGUCACGAAGAUGGCGAGAAACCGGGAGAGAUCUCGGAGCCGACACAGAAGUCAAGCAAGAGACAGACCGAGAUGGCGAAGCAGAUCCCCAGCACAGGAGGGAGUUUGUUUCUACCACCGACGCUUCGGAGACAAGGCAAUGAAAUGCACGACACCGUGCAACUACAGGACAAAAAACUCCGAGGCAAGUCAUUGA